GUCACAAUUGUAGCUUAAUAAUUCAUAAAUUUCGUUGCAAAUAUUCUUAAAUAAUUUUCGCACAAAUUCAUUCACUUGGGUCUACAGGUACCGCUGAACCGUUAGACUUCAUUGGUCCCAAGAUGGCUUUCAACUUCGACUAUUCUUUUACUUUUCGUCCCCUUCAUAAGGCUCAUCCAAGUCAAAGCUCCGGAGAGAAAGCAGCUGUCAGUCCUGCACGGUCCCACGAGAGGAUCCACCGGCGGGCUAGGACUCAAGAAACCGCAUUAAGAACCACUAAACAGGGGAACCAGGAAGAUGCUCCUGCCUCUGGUAAUCCUCCAGCUGCUGCUGGCUCCAGCACUCAUGGUGCCCAACGUGGAUCACUGGGACACGUGGGGUCCUUACGGAGAAUGUAGCCGCAGCUGUGGCAGCGGUGUGACUAUGAGAACCAGACGCUGUAUCACCCACAGGACUGAUGGAGGACACAACUGUGUAGGACCGGACAAGUCUUACCGUUCCUGCAACAUCCAGGAUUGUCCAGAAGGAUCCAGGGAUUUCCGUGAAGAGCAGUGCUCCCAGUUUGAUGGGACUGACUUCCAGGGGAAACGCUACAAGUGGCUCCCAUAUUAUGGAGCUGAGAACCCCUGUGAGCUGAACUGCAUGCCAAGAGGAGAAAACUUUUAUUAUCGUCACCGCAGCGCUGUGGUUGAUGGGACGCCCUGUCACCCUGGACGGAGGGAUAUAUGUGUGGAUGGAGUCUGCAAGCGCCUGGGCUGUGACAACAUGUUGGAGUCUCCUCAGCAGGAAGACCCCUGCCUGCAGUGUGGGGGCAAUGGACAAUCCUGCUACCGCGUCCACAACACCUUCACCGUACGAGACCUGCCAACUGGCUACAACCAGAUGUUCAUCAUCCCUGUCGGAGCCACCACCAUCAGCAUCAGAGAAACGGUGGCCACACGUAACUACCUCGCCAUCAAGAAUCUACGUGGGGAAUACUACCUCAAUGGCCACUGGGUAAUUGAGUUUUCCAGGGCAACUCCCAUUGCCGGCACUAUGCUGUACUACCAGAGAGGAGCUGAAGGGGACAACGUCCCUGAAACCAUCAUCGGGCGAGGACCCACCACUGAGCCUCUGGUUGUUGAGCUGAUUAGCCAGGAGCCAAACCAGGGAGUGGAGUAUGAGUUUUAUUUGCCCAAUGGACGCUCCAGAGAGGGCUACUUCUGGAGCUAUGGAUCCUGGUCAUCCUGCAGCAGAGAGUGUGGAUUAGGCUACCAGUCUCGUUUGGUGUUCUGCACCAUCGAUAACGAGUCCUAUCCCGACUAUCUGUGUGCAUCCCUGCCAAGGCCACAAACCAACAGAACAUGCAACCCACACCCAUGCCCACAGACCCGCAGCUGGAGAACCGGUGAGUGGAACACAUGCUCAGUAACCUGCGGCGGAGGCUCUCAGGUACGUCGUGUUGAGUGCAUCUCCCAUGAUGCCGCAGGCCCCCGUGUGGUGGAAGAUGCCAUCUGUGCCGCCUAUGCUGAGGCUCCGCCUUCUCUGCAGACCUGCAACAUGCACCAGUGUGCCGAGUAUCGUGCAACGAGAUGGAGUGCGUGCACCGUGACCUGUGGGUCAGGUCAGCAGACCAGAGAAAUCACCUGUAUUGGGUCAGGAGGAAUGAGGCUAGAGGAGACAGCCUGCAGCACUCUGCUUCGCCCGCCAGCCGCCCGGCCCUGUGAGAUGGCGCCGUGCCCGAGACAGAUCAGCUGGCACGUUGGCGAGUGGGGACUGUGCUCCAGCAGCUGUGGCUCUGGCUCCAGAGAUCGGCAGGUGAUCUGCUCGGACCAGGAGAGGAACCUGUACCCUGUGGACCAGUGCAGCGCUAACCCCAAACCUCCCUCUGUGGAACGAUGCAACAGCCAGCCCUGCUACAGCCCACAGAUUGUUCCAAGUGUCCAGGACCCACAGGGACAUGACAACACUCAGACUGUUUUCCAGCCCUAUUCACCAGACCACACAACAGCCCACAGACCGGAGACAGAUCCGACCCAGACCAACACGGUCCAUGACCCGCAUGGCUCCGCCCCCGCCCUCCACUGCAGCCAGUCCCGUUACGGCUGCUGCCCAGACGGACGAACAUCAGCCGGGGGCCCUCAGGGUCUGGGCUGCCCUCGGGCCCCCACUCCCACUUCUGUGCAGCCAGCCUGCAUCCAGACCAGCUAUGGCUGCUGCCAGGAUGGAGUGACUUCUGCUCAGGGCCCCAACAAAGAGGGCUGUGCUGAGUUUAUCACCCCUACACCUACUGCCGCUCCUUCUCUUCCCACUGAGAAUGCCCCACAGUGUCGUCUCACCACCUACGGGUGCUGUUUCGACCGCACCACGCCAGCAGGAGGACCCAACGGAGAGAGCUGCCCCAACCCACCAAACCACAUCGAGCGUUCCAUUUGCUCUCUGCCUCGUGCUGCCGGCUCCUGCAGCGCCUGGACGUCCCGCUAUCACUUUGACGUUAUCACCUCCAAGUGUGUGCACUUCUGGUUCGGAGGCUGCCAUGGCAACAGCAACAACUUUAUGACCCGGACUGAGUGCCAGAGGGCGUGCCAGGUACCUACACCAAGCCAGCCAAUCGCCCCUGUAGGAGAGCCAACCACCAGGAGAGGAUCCACAGCUGGAAGGACCCCAGCCUCAGGAGGAGGAGGAAGCGCUCGGCCUGGAGCCGGUAGCACAUCAGGAGGUACAAGGUCUGGAGCUGGCACUGCUUCUGGAGGAGGUGGCAGCAGGGGCGGAGCUGGCACCACAGGAGGAGCAGGAAGCACUAGAGCUGGAGCCAGUACUACUUCAGGAGGAGCAGGUACAAGAUCAGGAUCUGGCAGCACAUCAGGCGGGGCCGGAAGCACAAGGGCUGGAGCUGGCACUCCAUCAGCAGGAGGAGGAUCUAGAGCAGGUGGAUCCACAUCAGGAGGGUCAUCAACUGGGGGGUCCCGUGACAUGGGGAGGAUUUUCGUUGUGCAGGGAGGCUCGACAGGCGGUACAGGCAGACAAUCAACGAGUGCAGCUGAACAUGCCCACAGAGCUCGCAUCUAUCUGCGCCCACACCGGCCAUCAGCCGCCACUGCAGCACAGCACACCGGUCCUGCAGCGAGUUUGACCCUUGGAGGAGUGACCAUCGAUAAGUCAGACCCCUCAACGGUCGAGGCGUUAGUCGGUCAGACGGUUGUGCUGCCCUGCAGAGUCAGCCCGCCACCAUCCUCCACUCUCAUCGUCGAGUGGAGGAGAGACGGCACCCCGCUGUCUACUAACAGGCAUCACCAGCAGCCCAACGGGUCCCUCUUAGUUGGUCCUCUCACAAAGUCUGACUCGGGCUGGUUCUUGUGUGUGGCGACACGUGAACGGGAGAGAGACCACCGCUACAUUUACCUGUCUGUCUCAGAGGGGUCAUCUCAGCUGACCCCCACCUUACUGCCCAGAGACAGCCCUAUCCCCCGGUUCAGUAUUGAGCGGUCGAGCUCGUCUUUGCUGGAGAUGAGAUCGGGACAGACAGCCAGACUGAGCUGCAGGAUCGUUCCUCCGUCAGCUCUUCAGUUCGUCAGCAUCCAGUGGACUAAAGAUGGACACACCAUCCGGGACUCCAGGUACACACAGCAGUCAGACGGGACGUUGAUAAUUGGGCCUCUGAGGUCUGAUGACUCUGGCGUCUUCACCUGCACAGUCUCCACCCAGCAGCAGCUGGAGCAGAGACAGCUGCAGCUCAAAGUCCAAGCUGACCUGAAGAUCACCACGGCUCCAAACAACAUCCAGGUGUCUGAAGGCAGCACUGCACUGCUGCCCUGUGUGGUGUCAGGAGACAACGUCAACAUCGGCUGGUCCAGAAAUGGCGUCCCUGUGCGUCCAGACGGUCGUAACAUCCUCCUGUCGUCUGACGGCAGCCUGAUCCUGAACAACGUGAAGCCUGCAGACGAGGGGACAUACACUUGUAACGCUUACACUGGCAUCUACUCUGUGAGCGCUACAGCUGAAGUCAGAGUCACGAAAGAGACACAACAAGGUGGUGACGUUCCUCCGGAGUGCGUGGACCAGCCGGAGCUCGCCAACUGUGAGCUGAUCGUCUACGCCCGACUCUGCUCUAACUCGUACUACUCCAGUUUCUGCUGCGCCAGCUGCACCCGACACUCACAGAGGAACAAACGGUACGGUCGGCUCGGUUAAAGCUGCAGACAUUUUUAAAGACUCUGGAGGGGACGAGACGGCGUUUGAGACUUGUAAGCUGUUUGGAGGACUGCAUUUUUACAGAACACUGAACUACUGCCAUCACCAAAAGGACUCAAAACUCAGAAAGAAGCUCAAAAAAAGGGAGUGAGGAAUGUAGAUGUAGAGACAGGGAGUCUGUUUGAACACUGAAAACCAGAGAAUCAAAAAGGCCUUUAUAAGAGAGGAACCACUUUAAAAGUCUGCUGAAUGUGAGGAAGCAACAGUCAAAUAAGUUAUUUACUCACUGGACCUACUGAUCAUGUUCUCUGUUUUUAGAGAAUUAUCAUUUAAAGGAUUUUAAUCUAAUGUUCACUUCUAAAAUCCUCGGCUGUUUAUGUUGACCUCUCCUCUUUUUUUUAAAUAAUAACCCCGCCAA